AUCCACGCGUCGAGACCGUUCCGAGAGAUGAUCGCUCGUCCAAAAAUCAGCCGAAACGAGUGGAAACCGGCCGAGCUAGGAGCCUUUGAAGUUGGGAAUUUCGCACUCUUGUCCUGCCCAGGCCGACGCCGCGGACGCCGCCUGGGCCGCGCUCCUCGGCCGCGCGCGCGUCCGCGGCGACGACGGCGACGUCGGCCGCUUCUACACGGCGCUCUACCACGCGUUCCUCGGGCCGACGCUCUUCUCCGACGCCGACGGGUCCUACGUCGCCCGCGGCGCGCGGAGGCGCGCGGCCGAGGGCCGCGCGAUCUACUCCACCUUCUCCCUCUGGGACACGUACCGCGCGGCCGCGCCGCUCGGCCUGCUCCUCGAGCCGGAGCGCGCCGCGGACUACGCGCGGAGCCUCCUCGCGUUCUCCACGGAGGACAAGGUGCUCCCGCGCUGGGUCUUGUUCGGCAAGGACACGGGCUGCAUGUCGGGCUACCCCGCGGCCGUGGUCUUGGCGGACGCCGUGCUCAAGAAUCGGUCGGAGUUCCCGCCGGGCCUCGCGGCGCGCGCGGCGGAGCACGCGAUCGCGACGGCGCGCGCCUUCGACCCGGCGCUGCGCCGCAACGCCCACCUGCCGAGCACGCAGGGCUUCUCCGUGUCGCGGGGCCUGGAGGCCGCCGUCGCGGACAAGUGCGUGUCGCGCCUCGCGGCGCGCUCGGCGACGCCGCCGCCGCGGCCGAGUUCGAGCGGCGCGCGGGGCUCUACCGCGAGUACUACGACGCGGACCGCAGGCUCAUGGCCGCGCGCGAGCCCGGCGGCGCCUUCGUCGCGGCCGCGGGCGAGGCCUUCGACCCCGCGGGCGCCUUCGAGGAGGGCACGCCGCUCCAGUACACGUUCAUGGUCCCCGGGGACGCGGAGGGCCUCGCCGCGCUCCUCGGCGGGCCCGACGCGCUCGGCGACCGCCUCGACGACUACUUCCUCCGCGCGUCCAUGGCCAACCCGACGCGCCAGCUCGACCUCACGACGGGCACCAUCGGCGGCCACUGCCAGGGCAACGAGCCGGGCCACCACGCGCCCUACCUCUACAACGUCGCGAACCGGCCCUGGCGGACCGCGGAGACGAUCGACGCGAUCAACGAGCUCUACACGGCGUCGGAGAUCCCCGGCAACGACGACGUCGGCCAGACGUCCGCGUGGUUCGCCUGGUCCGCGCUCGGCCUGUACCCGGUGGACCCCUGCGGCGACCGCCUCCACCUCGGGAAGCCGCUCUUCAUGCGCGCGGACGUUGACGUCCGCGCCACCCUCGACGGCGCGGCGCGCGUGCUGACGAUCCUCGGCGACGGCUGCCGCGACCGCGGCGCCCACGUCCAGUCCGUCUGGUUCGAGGGCUCUCGCGUCGCGGCGCACGAGGUCGCCUGGGCCGACGUGGCCAACGGCGGCGUGCUGCGCUUCGUCAAGAUGGUGUGUGUGUGGCGACUUGUCCUGGCGACGUUCGCGUGCGUGGGGAAGUCCGAGGGGUUCUGCUGCUGGUGGUCUGCGACGGGGGACCCGUGCGACUGCUCGGAGACGUCGAAGGCCAGCAACCUCGCGACCUCUCUAGCGUGCGUCGACGGCGGAGGCUCGUGGUGCUCGGAGGACGGCGAGCAGUCCGCGCCGGAGGACGGCGAGCAGUCCGCAGCGGUCCGGCGAGGCAGGGCCGUCCGCGCGCGUCCGGGGCCGCGCCACAAAGCGCCGGUCGGCCGUUUUCACGCCGGGGCUCCGCCGCGCACCAUCGCGGCGCCGGCCUACAGCGAGGAGGAGGUGAGCGCCCUGCGCGGCAUCUUCGCGCUCUACGACCCCGACGGCACGGGCGAGAUCGGGUCGAACGACCUCGAGAACCUGUUCAAGAAGAUUGGCUUCUUCAAUUAUGCCGCCGUCGAGCUCAUCAAGCAGUUCGACGUCGAGGAGCCGAAGACGAUCGACUUCGCCAAGUUCCUGGAGAUGGUCAAGGCGGGCCAGCCGGACCAGCCCGGCGAGGAGCCCGACCGGAAGCCGCUCGAUGGCGGCGAGCAGUCCGCGCCGGAGGACGGCUCCUCCUCGUGCGCGUGCCGCUCGAUUAUGGCGGGGAUCAUCGACGAGUGGUGCCAGCUGUCCGAUUGCGAUCCUGCAUUUGCCGCGCAGUGCUCUUCUGCGUGCCCGACGGCGCCAGGAGCGACGCCGGAUGGGUGUGAACGAAAUUGGUUAUUUCAAGUCAGCACCGGUCGUUCCGGAAGCACGAGUCUAAUGGCGAUGUUGAACGAUCUCCCAAAUGUCUACAUCGCGGGCGAAAAUGAUGGUUUAUUUGAAUCCUUGUACGCCUUACACAAGUCGAGCAUUCGUACUGAACGCGAGAGCAAGAACGGGGUCUACCAUGGUGCGUGGUGGCACCAUCCUACGGAGCGCGCGAACCUACGUUGAAUCUGCCAUCGGUCUCAAACAAAAUCAAAACUACACAUGGGUCGGCUUUAAAGAAAUCCGAUUCAGAACUGCCGACGAGUUGGACUAUAUUUUGUCUCUUUUUCCUUGCUCCAAAGUUAUCGUCAAUAUUCGUCGAGACGUCGCUCAACAACAGAAAUCCGCGUUCGAAAAAACAAUCCCCAUUUGGAAACUCAAAUCUCACAACGAUAUGCUCUUAAAAUGGAGCACAAAACAUCGUAAUCGCGUCUUCACGCUCGCUUUAGAAGACUUUACCCUUGCCAACUUGAAUCGUCUGGCGGUUUGGCUCGACUUUCCAAACUGUCAUUUCAAACAAAUCGCUCAUGCGAACCGCGACGGUGGGUAUGGAGCUGAUAAUCGUCACUUUGUGACUUGUUGAAAUACAAACCCUCACACGCGAAUUCUACUCACUAUAAAAACUCAUUUCUCUCCCCCACAUG